GUUCCAAUCCCUGCUACAAAGUUUAGACCAAUUUCUAUGAUGAGUGGUAGAAAAUACGAGCAUCCGCAGACGUCCAACUUACUACGACUGUUAAAAUGUAAUUAUAUUGUGCAAGAGAUACUGUGGGAAAUGGAGAAAGCUUCGGCUAAUACAAGCACAGAAGAGAUUGUCAAAUACUCGAGGGACGUCAACCAGAUUCCAGGGAAAACAUUGGUAGAUAAACUGAGUAAUGCCUUAACAAGGUUACAGUCUGCUGCUAAUGCUGUAAUUGACAGUGAUCUUGAUAAGCUAUCUGAUGAUGUCAGGCCAGGUAUCAAACAGGUAAUUGAAAAGAAGGAGGGGUUAUUCAGGAAGAACAUGAUGGGUAAACGUGUCAAUUACGCUGCAAGAUCAGUUAUCACCCCUGAUCCAAAUAUAAACACAAACGAGAUUGGAAUACCUGAAGUAUUUGCGAAGGUUUUGUCUUACCCUCAGCCGGUCACACCAUGGAAUGUUCAUGAACUGAGACAGGCCGUAAUAAAUGGACCAGAUGUCCAUCCUGGGGCUACCCAUGUUAUUGAUGAGAGUGGUUGGGUCACUAGACUAGAUGCUCGAUUUCCUGAUAAACGUGAGGCCUUAGCUAAACAGUUGCUUACACCAACAGUUACUAAAAAUAAAACAUUAAAUGGUGUGAAAAAGGUACAGAGACAUUUAAAGAAUGGUGAUGUGUUACUUAUAAAUAGACAGCCUACACUGCAUAGACCUAGUAUACAGGCUCAUAAGGCACGAGUAUUAAAGGGAGAGAAGACAUUACGACUUCACUAUGCCAACUGUAAGGCAUAUAAUGCUGAUUUUGACGGAGACGAAAUGAAUGCACAUUUUCCGCAGAAUGAAAUAGCUCGGUCAGAGGCUUAUAAUCUAGCUAGUACAGAUUUUCAGUACCUUGUACCUAAGGAUGGCACGCCCCUGGCAGGUCUCUUACAGGAUCACAUGGUGUCAGGUGUCUCCCUCACUAUCAGAGGAAGGUUCUUCACAAAAGAUGAUUAUUGUAGACUAGUCUAUGGAGCUCUUAUUGACAAAAAUGGACCAGUCAAAAUGUUACCACCUUCCAUCAUAAAACCAGUCAAAUUAUGGUCAGGGAAACAGGUAUUAUCUACAGUGGUUCUCAAUGUUAUACCAGAUGGUAAGCCUGCUUUAUCACUUGAUGGAAGAGCUAAAGUUCCUGAGAAGAGUUGGAUAAAGGUUCAGAAGUCUGAUUUUGAUGAUCCGUUGAAAUAUAUGAGAGAGAGUGAGGAUGUAAUUAUAAGACAAGGGGAAUUACUCUGUGGAGUUCUUGAUAAAGGGCAUUAUGGUCCAUCAAACUUUGGACUGAUCCAUUGUUGUUAUGAGUUAUACAGUGGUGCCGUAGCGGGACAGAUGUUGACAUGUUUUGGAAGAUUGUUCAUGAACUUUCUCCAGUGGCGAGGGUUUACAUUGGGUGUUGAGGAUAUCCUAGUUACUAAACAGGGAGACAAGAAGAGGAGGAGAUUAAUCAAGAAGUCUCCAGCCUGUGGUGAAGUUUCGGCCAAGAAGGCGUUAGAGCUUGACCAGGAAUGUGGGGAGGCGGAACUACUGAGUGCAUUAAAGAAUGCCCACUUUAACAGGGAGGAGAGACAGAUGAGAGAGUUAGAUCAGAAUAUGAGGAGUCAGACUAAUACUAUACAGAAUGAUAUUGUCAAUGCUUGUAUGCCAAAUGGUUUAGAGAAGUUGUUUCCAGAUAAUAACCUACAGUUGAUGGUACAGUCAGGAGCCAAAGGUUCUAUGGUGAACUGUAUGCAGAUCUCGUGCUUGCUAGGUCAGAUAGAGUUGGAGGGUAAACGACCACCUCUCAUGUUGAGUGGUAAAACAUUACCAUCAUUUCUGUCAUACGAUGUCACUCCGCGUGCUGGGGGAUUCGUUACGGGAAGAUUUUUGACUGGUAUUCGGCAACAGGAAUAUUUCUUCCAUUGUAUGGCUGGACGCGAGGGUUUAGUGGACACAGCUGUGAAGACAAGUCGUAGUGGUUAUCUACAGAGAUGUUUAAUCAAACAUUUAGAGGGUAUCAAGGUGAACUAUGACCUUACAGUACGGGACUCUGACAGUAGUGUUGUACAGUUUAAGUAUGGUGAAGACAGUUUAGAUGUAUCCAAAGUCGGUUUCCUGAUUCCUAAACAAUUUCCUUUCUUACUCUCAAAUAAACAUAUCCUCAAGAAAAAACAGAAGAAAAUGCCUCAUGAUGAAGCUGUGGAACAUGACAUUAGUAAGCUGGAGGAAAAGAUUCGUAAGUGGCAGAAAAAGAAUAAACACCAUGUUCAUGGUCAUGUGAGGAGGUCAGGAUUUCUGCAGUUCUGUGAAGAUGUUGGAAAUGACCUUGACCUUACUGAGGUCAUUGACAGUGUUCCUGGAAGGUCAGAAAAAGAUUGGCAUCUGGCUAUGAUGUGGAAAGACUUGAGUGAUAAACAAAAGAGAAAAUAUGAGAAGAAGAGUUUACGCUGUCCGGACCCAGUACUUUCCAAGUUUUUACCAUACUAUCCAAAUGCAUUACCGGAGAAGCUUGGAAAUAUUAUCAGAAACUUUGCAAAGACAACUACUAAUGAGAGUCAGUUCCUAAAGUUGAUGAACAUGAAGCUACAACAGUCUGUUAUAGAUCCAGGGGAAGCUGUUGGUCUGUUGUGUGCUCAGUCUAUUGGUGAACCCUCCACUCAGAUGACCUUGAACACCUUUCACUUUGCUGGUCGAGGUGAAAUGAACGUGACCCUCGGUAUCCCUCGGUUACGUGAAAUCCUCAUGGUAGGAAGUAAGACUAUAAAGACACCAGCAUUAGAUUUACCUGUGUUACCGGGGAAUGAUAACAUGGCUAAAGUUAAACAGCUACAGAGGAGGCUUACUAAAGUUAAUCUUGAUGAGGUUAUACAAAGCAUUCAGGUGUGUGAAUGGUUGGCCAUAAAAGGAAGAAUUAGAUAUCAACGAAGAAGAGUGUUUAGAAUACGUUUAAAUUUUCUACCGAGAGAGUGUUACAAAGAACGAUUUAUUGUUGUUCCAAAUAAGAUAUUAAAGUUUGUGGAGAAAACAUACAUUAAAAAAGUGGUACAACUGAUAAGAGCUAAAAUCAAUGCUCAGAAUAAGUUGCUGUCAACAGGCACUCAGAAGCAAAAAUAUCAAUCAUCUGCCAAGGAAUCAGAAUCUUCUAAAACUAAUACAAACAUGGAUGAUGACGACGAUGAUGAUGAUGAUGAUAAAGAUAUGGACGCUGAUGAUGGAGAUGACACAGCGAAUAAUCAGAAACAGAAGAAGAAAGAGGAACAUGAAUAUGAUGAGGAGGACGAGAAUAGUAGAGACUCUCUUGAUAAAGAUCAAGAAGAUGAGGAUGUAGAUAUGGAAGAUGAAAUACCUGAAACAGAAGAUAUAAAUGAAGAACUAAUUGAGGAAUAUGAAGAGAGAGAAAAAGACAAUCCAGAAAGUCGUAUAAAUGCUGUUUUACAAUGUGCACCAGAGGUGGAUCACUAUAGAUAUGAAAAGAAAAAACGUUGGUGUGAGGUCACAAUUAGUUUUCCCUUACAAAACAGUAAGAUAGAUCUACUAGCAUUGUUAGAAUCGGACCUAAAGAAGCAUGUUGUACAUGAAGUGCCAGGAAUAUCUCGCUGUAUCCUUGGUGAACAAGACGGUCCACAUGGUAAAGAGAUGCAUCUAAAAACAGAGGGCAUCAAUAUGCAUGAGUUAUACAGGAAUGCAGAUAUUUUAGACAUAAAUCGUUUAUACUGUAACAGUAUACAUGAUAUUGCUAUGACAUAUGGUAUUGAGGCAGCCAGUCGUGUGAUCAUUAAGGAGGUUCAAGCUGUAUUUGCGGCCUAUGGUAUCGAAGUUGACUACAGACAUCUAUCUCUCCUAGCGGACUACAUGACCUUUGAAGGGUCGUAUAAACCAUUUAACAGGAUUGCCAUGGAAACCAAUCCAUCUCCUUUACAAAGAAUGAGUUUUGAACAGACUAUGAAGUGUUUAGUGGAUUCUACUGUACAGAGUCGUGUAGAUAGUCUUACAUCACCGUCGGCACAAAUUGUGCUAGGUGCGAACGUUUCAAGCGGCACCGGAUCUUUGGACUUGAUAAUGCCCCUGACAUUUUAAAUGAUGUGAAUAUAUUAAAAAUAGUUGUUACAACCUAUAAAUAUUGGUUGCCACAUGUGUUCAGAAAUAAAUUUGAAGUUUUA